CUCGCCAUGCUGCUGUGGGUCCCACACGCACUGCUUGCCUUGCUUCUGCCCACGCUCCUGACACAGGGAGAAGGUCUCCAGGCCCAUAACCUCUCCGAUCCUGCUCUGGGGAGGUUGUCGGAUUAUCUCCUGAGCAACUACAAGAAGGGCGUGCGACCCGUGCGGGACUGGAGGAAGCCAACCGCCGUAUCCAUUGACGUCAUUGUCUAUGCCAUCCUCAGCGUGGACGAGAAGAAUCAGGUGCUGACCACCUACAUCUGGUACCGGCAGUGGUGGAUGGAUGAGUUUCUUCAGUGGAACCCUGAAGACUUUGACAACAUCACCAAGUUGUCCAUCCUCAAGGACAGCAUCUGGGUCCCAGACAUUCUCAUCAAUGAGUUUGUGGAUGUGGGGAAGUCUCCAGAUAUGCCGUAUGUGUAUGUCCGGCAUCACGGUGAGGUCCAGAACUACAAGCCUCUCCAGGUGGUGACCGCUUGCAGCCUCGACAUCUACAACUUCCCCUUCGACGUGCAGAACUGCUCGCUGACCUUUACCAGCUGGCUGCACACCAUCCAGGACAUCAACAUCUCUCUGUGGCGCUCGCCGGAAAAGGUGAAGUUUGACAAGAGCAUCUUCAUGAACCAGGGCGAGUGGGAGCUUCUGGGGGUGCUGACCCAGUUUCGAGAGUUCAGUAUGGAAAGCAGCGACUGCUAUGCAGAAAUGAAGUUCUACGUGGUCAUCCGCCGGAGGCCCCUAUUCUAUGUGGUCAGCCUGCUGCUGCCCAGUAUCUUCCUCAUGGUCAUGGACAUCGUGGGCUUCUACCUGCCCCCAGACAGUGGCGAGAGAGUCUCCUUUAAGAUCACCCUCCUCCUGGGCUACUCCGUCUUCCUGAUCAUUGUAUCCGACACGCUGCCAGCCACUGCCAUCGGCACUCCCCUCAUUGGUAAGGCUCGCUCCUGGGGAAGAGCUCGGUGUGGUCUGGCUGAGGCCCCUUUCACCUCCCGUCUCUGUCAUCCCUCCUCCCUGCCUUGUGCUGGGUGUACAGGCAUCUACUUUGUUGUGUGCAUGGCUCUGCUGGUGAUAAGCUUGGCUGAGACCAUCCUCAUCGUGCGACUGGUACACAAGCAAGACCUGCAACAGCCCGUGCCUGCCUGGCUGCGGCGCCUCAUUCUCGAGAGAGUCGCCCUGCUGCUUUGCCUAGGGGAGCAGUCAACCUCCCACAGGUGCCCAGCCACCUCCCAAUCCACCAAGACCGAUGACUGCUCAGACAUGGAAAACCACUGCAGCCAUCUGGGAGCACGCGGGGACUUGGACAAGACCCCAAAGGGUAGAAGCGGCCCACCCCCACCACCUCGGGAGGCGUCCCUGGCAGUGCACGGGCUGCUGCAGGAGCUGGCCUCCAUGAGGCACUUCCUGGAGAAACAGGAGGAGAGCAGAGAGGUGGCCCGGGACUGGCUGCGUGUGGGCACCAUGCUGGACGGGCUGCUGUUUCGCAUCUACCUGCUGGCGGUGCUGGCCUACGGAGUCACCCUGGUCACGCUCUGGUCCAUCUGGCAGUAUUCCUAA